UCGACCUCCUCAAUCACGUCCAUUUCUAGCAUGUUGAAUUCUAGUAUUAAAAGUCACUCUGGGCUCUGGGUGUGCUUCACCAGAGACGCUUUUGAGCUAGUGAAUGAUCAAGCGGACCUCGGAACCUCGGGAUCAGGCUGAAAUCAGCCCCCAACACAGCAUCAGAUCUGUACCUCAAAACUAAUCAGCUGUGCGAAAUAUCAGUGGAUGAGUGAAGGUUACCCUAUGCACGGACCUUUUCAUCCCGCCUGCUUGGUCUCGACCUUGAAUUGUACACUUUACACGGCCGUCAGCGCUUCAUUAUUAUUCACUGUCACCAUGCGCUUACUUCAUAUCAAGGGAGAAGCGUGGUCCUCCGAGCCCCUGGAUAUCUCUCUGUGUUUCCACUCAGGCUCGGAGAAGCUACGAUAUAUGAUUCUAUCUCAUCGCUGGCGUGAAGAUGAGGUUCUUUACGCAGACAUUACACAUCCAGACCCUUCCGUCGCCCGGCGUAGAUCAGGUUUCUCGAAAUUAGAGAAUAGUUGUCGAUUAGCACUCCAAAUUGGCUACGAAUAUGCUUGGCUUGACACUUGUUGUAUCGACAAAUCCUCGAGCGCCGAACUUUCCGAGGCAAUCAAUUCCAUGUAUCGCUACUACGCCGAAUCGACAAUCUGCUUCGCCUACUUGGAUGAUGUGGAGGGCAACUUCAGCACGCUCGAAGCGAGUUCUUGGUUUUCGAGGGGAUGGACGUUGCAGGAGCUGAUUGCACCAAAAGAGAUGUAUUUUUAUGACCGGAACUGGAAAUCCAUAGGCACGAAGAAAUCACUCGCCACCAGAUUACACUCUGCGUCCAGCAUUCACGUCGAUGUCAUAAGAGACCCUUCUGCAAUGGCCCAGUUCGGCAUCUCACAAAAAAUGCAAUGGGCAUCCAGACGAGAAACUACACGAGAAGAAGACGAGACAUAUUCCCUCCUAGGUAUUUUUGGUGUCAAUAUGCCACCCUUGUAUGGCGAAGGUCGAAAGAGUGCCUUUCGUCGAUUGCAGAUCGAGAUCAUGAAAAGCUCCUCCGAUCAUACCAUCUUCGCUUGGCAGCGAAGAACCAACGUCAACGAUAUGCUGGCGUCCUCUACGCGUGACUUUCUGACCUCAUUGUACUGGCCAACUUCCUUCAGUGACUACCUACUUACGUUCCCGCCAUCUGGCGAGCCCAAGCUCGACUACGCCCUGACAAAUGCCGGCUUCCACAUUGAACUUCCUAUUGCCUCGAUUCCACAGCGUAAGGAUCUAGUUCUUGCAUUUCUAGCAUGCCGUAAUUCAGAUAGCAGCUCUAUGGUCGCUAUCGUGUUGCAGAAACAGGACUUGCACGGGGUAUGGACCAGCUACCAGCGCGUCUGUGUUGCCCAAUGUUCCACAUUUUCCAUCCCUCCCGACACGAUGAAAGAGCUGCAACCCAAACGGCAAAAGAUUUGGAUACCCCAAGGCGAAGAUAAGGGCCAAGACUUGACCGUAUCGGAUUCGUUGAUGUACAUUCGCCUCAGACACAUAGAUCUGAAAAUGUUUCAUUACCAAUGGGUGACUUCCCUCGGUCACGAUCGCGACGCGUUGAGGCAAAUUUGGGAGGUUGGAGACUACUCAACUGUGAGGCGUGCCUUGUUCCCCAUCGUCGUCCACGAGACCGAGCAGCGCUUCUCCGGACCCUCUGUUCCCAUUUCCACGUUUGCCAUUGGCGAGGUCAACGAUAUACUAUGGGUAUUCAUCGGCAUCCAAGUCCAUCGGGACAAGGCCGAGUUGCAACCAGAAUGCUUCAAGUAUCCCGCUGGCUACGCAUGGAGGCACUAUAGAAAUUGUUUCAGGUUCUUUUUUGAAAACGAGUAUACUGCCGCUACAGAUCUUGCUCGUCGUUCUACAUCCUACUUUAACGCGCCGGAUGGUACGUUGACUAUCACCUUAUCGGACAAUUGGAACCGAAUUAGCGUCUGGAUCGCGAACAAACGAUAUCAACGCCAAGAAUGAAUGUUUCGAUUCAAUAUCCCCGCCAUCGAGCAAUCAAUGACAUCACUCUGGAUUUUCGGGGGGCUGUUAGAAGCUUUCGUUUUGAUAAACCAAAGCUGCUACAGUUCCAGAGGACGCAAAAGAAUCUACAUGAGCACUUCCGGCGCACGAAUAUUCCAACGUCUUGCAUUCAUAAACAAGGAUUUUCAACUCGGUUGCGCGUCUAUACGAACAGUCAAAUGGCUAGGGCGUGUGAAUCAUCAACACAUCCCGAGAGUUUACCAUUUUAUCGAGGCGAUAUCAAUAUGGGAGAGAAUACACCGGCGAUACCUACACCAUACCAUCACGGCUGAAACUAAGGAACAACAAGAUACCAGGAAACCCAGGGUCGCUUAUUAUUGUAUCAUGACAGUACCACGUCAAACAUUCCGACAGCCUCAAGAAUCCCGCCAAGCCCACAACCACUCACGCCCCUCC